AUGGCGGAGCAGAGCAAGUCUGACGCAGCCUCGCUGCUUCCCACAGCGGAGCAAACGGCGCAGCUUGCUUCGUCGAAAGGAGAAGGCACGGCUUCAGGUCCACGUCUCUUACCUUCGGGCUUCUACGCGUUCUCGCCUCAGAACGAUGACGAGCCAACAUCAGUCACCACUUCUCUGAGGCCCCUUACAUCCGCAGUCCUGACUAUCAGGAUCAUAAAAUCAUUCCCUUUCAGGGCAAGUAGGAAUUUGGUGCUUGAUAACUUGGAUCUCACGACUUUGAAUGUAAAGCGGUUGAAAGAGAUUGUCAAGGUCGAGAUCGGCAAGAGGGUGGAUAUGAAGACGGUCAGAAGUGCAGCGGGAAAGCUUGGUCAGUCAAGGCUACGGACUGAUGACUCCAGUGCGGAGAUCGUGAGAAGUGCUUGCUAAUCAUCCUGCAUCGCAUUCACAUCGCUAGACACCAUGAAGAUCUACACACAUGCGCACUUCACCAAGACGUCUAACCUCAUCAUCAACUUAGACAGACCAGAGUGGGUGCUGGAUGGCGACAAAGAGGAAGUGCCUCUCGCCGAUUUGGGCUGCCGUGAGUCUGAUCCACAGACCUGUCUUUUGCAAAUUGGCUCUGUGCGCCCAGCGACCUAGACCAGCCACGGCGUGCUUGCCUCGCAGACGUUCUUGCAGACAGCUCGACACCUUCUUAUAUGCUGACUUGGACAGUCUUUGAUGGCUCUUGUCCUGGCGGAGCGACGCAGAAAACGAGACGGAACUCUCCUUUUUCAAUCGACAAGAAUACGAGGAAUUUCUCAAAGAUCCAAAGACCGAAUGGUAA